AUGGCAUCUCCAUUAAAUCGUCGACAUCGACGAACUGCUCCUUAUGUUAUUAUGAAUAAUAAUACUCAACUGCCGGCGGUUGCCUAUUCAGCACGACAGCCUGAUCAAGAAAAUUCGGCUAAUUCUAAUAAUGGUAUUCAAAUAUUAACUAAUACUCCUCUUGAACAACCACAACAAGAGCAAAUGCAAAGAGCAGCUUUAUCUCUAUUCGAUUUGGUUCGACGAGCACAGCGCAUUCGACGAUGGAUGCGACGAAAUCAAGAACAUCAUGAACUUCCAGAACGAAGUGAUUCAUUUCUGGAAAAAUUUGUACCAGCAACAAAAAGUCAAUCAGCUCAAAAAGAACAGAGUAAAACUUGGGUAAUAGAUCCAUCAAAAACAUUUUAUUAUUAUUGGUCAUCGAUUGUUUCACUUGCUGUUCUUUACAAUUGCAUAAUGCUUAUUGGUCGUAGUGCUUUUCUUCUACUUCAAGAACGUCUUUUAAUUGUUUGGUUAAUUUUUGAUUAUCUUUGUGAUGUUUGUUAUAUUGUUGAUACAUUUAUACAAACAAGAAGAGGUUAUCUAGAACAGGGUCUUAUUGUUCGAGAUAUUACAAAAUUACGUAAAAACUAUAUGAGAAGUCGAGCGUUUAUACUUGAUUUAAUAUCAUUGUUACCAACGGAUUUUCUUUAUUUUGUUCCUAAACUUCGUCUCGUACCAGCAUUACGCUUCAAUCGUUUAUUUCGUAUUUAUCGUACAUUUGAAUUUUCGGAUAAAGUUGAAACACAAACCAAUCAUCCAAAUGUGUUUCGUCUUGUUUCAUUAUUAAUUAUUAUUAUGAUUAUUAUACAUUGGAAUGCUUGUUUUUAUUUUAUAAUUAGUCGUUGGAUUGGUUACUCAACUGAUGGAUGGGUUUAUAAUAUGACUGCGCCAACAGCAGCAACAUUAACAACACAAUAUUUAUAUUGUUUUUUCUGGUCUACACUUGUAUUAACAAAUAUUGGAGAAGUACCACCACCAGAAACUGACAUUGAAGUUCUUUUUGUUACGGCUGAUUUUCUCACAGGUGUACUUAUUUUUGCUACAAUUGUCGGCAAUGUUGGUUCAAUUAUCGCUAGUAUGAAUGCUGUUCGUGCUGAUUUUCGACAAAAAGUUGAUCAAGUUAAACAAUAUAUGGUAUUUCGAAAAGUUGGAAAAGAUCUUGAACGACGUGUUAUUACUUGGUUUGAUUAUUUAUGGUUACAAAAACAAGUGGCCAAUGAAGAUAUUGUCUUAGGUGCAUUACCACAAAAAUUGCGCGUGGAAAUUGCAAUUCAUGUACAUCUAGCAGCAUUAAAACGAGUACCUAUUUUUGCUGAAGCUCAACCAGGUUUACUUGUUGAACUUGUUACACGAUUAAAAUUACAAAUCUUCAGUCCAGGAGAUUAUGUUUGUAAAAAAGGUGAUAUUGGCAAAGAAAUGUAUAUAAUAAAACGUGGUCGAUUAAGUGUUGUAUCAGAUGAUGGAACAAAAAUAUUUGUCACACUUGAAGAAGGAAGUGUUUUCGGUGAAAUCUCUAUUCUGAAUAUACCUGGAAGUAAAACUGGUAAUCGUCGUACAGCAAAUAUUCGAAGUGUUGGCUAUUCAGAUUUAUUUUGUUUAACCAAACAAGAUCUAUGGGAAGUAUUAGCUGAAUAUCCAUCAGCACGUGAUACAUUAAUUGAACGUGGAAAAGCUCAUUUGCGUAAAGAUAAUUUAUUAGAUGAAGAAGCAGCACAAAGAGCACAACAGGACGAAGCAGCUAUACCUGAAAAAGUGACACGAUUAGAAGGAAAUAUAGAUAAUUUAGAAACACGUUUAGCACGUCUUAUGGGUGAAUAUACAGCAAAUAUGACAGCACUCGGUCAACGCUUACAAACAGUUGAAAAAUUAGCUGUACCAAGACGAGAAACUCUAUCGGAUGAGAAACUUUCACGAAAAAAUACACUUGAUGUGAUCGGUGUUGAAACUCAUGAAGAUGAUGUCUGA